CUCCGCCGAAAGGAACCAUCCCCAAAGACAAAGAGGGCAUCGGUCCGGCCCAUAGCUCUGGUUCUGUGCAUGGUGCGCUGGCGCACCUUGUGGUGCAUGCACAGCAGAGAGCGCGGCGUCUCUUCUCCCUGCCGCCCGUGAGCAUCCACUCACGGGACGAAUACGACCAAAACGCGCACGCCCCCCUCCCACCACCCUGGCCUGUAAAUCAGCGCCGCCAGGCAGUCACAGCGGCAAGUCCGCACCGCAACUGCAGUUGGAAAACCAGCUCGCCGCCACUAGAUAAUCUCGUCUCGCCAGGGACGGGAACGGCAGGCCGUGCCGUCACGAGACUCCUAGCGACCGAGAGAGAGAGAGAGCGCGCACGCGCGUGGUGGAAGAGACUUCGUUCUAGAGCUCCCGCGAGGAUGGAGCGCGGCAGUUCCUGGCGACUCCCGGCGGUGGUCGUCGGCAUCCUUGUCUGCGCGGCCCUCUUCUCGCCGCCCGCCGCCGCGCUCAACAUCGGCAUCCAGUCCGCCGGCGACGGGGUGAGCAAGCAGCAGGCGUGCAGCCGCACGUGCGAGUCGGACCACUGCACGACGCCGCCGUUCCUGCGGUACGGCAAGUACUGCGGCAUCCUGUACAGCGGCUGCCCCGGCGAGCCGCCGUGCGACGCGCUGGACGCCUGCUGCAUGCACCACGACAACUGCGUCCAGGCAAAGAUGGACUACCUGAGCACGGCUUGCAACGAGGCCCUGCUGGACUGCCUGGCCAGGCUGCGGGAGGGCACGUCCACGUUCAACGGGAACAAGUGCAUGAUCGACGAGGUCAUCGACGUGAUCUCGCUCGUCAUAGAGGCCGCCGUCGUCGCCGGCAGGGUACUGCACAAGCCGUAGCCGCGCCGCGCGCAGGGACAUGUGAACAGCAGCCUGCGGUUGGUGGGCGAUACAUCUUUUUCGUGCUUGGUUUAGGGCGUCCUUUCCGGCUGGCCGGGGCCCGGGCUCUGCGUCGGCUCACAUGGCGGCAUGUGUGCUACUAGCUGGCGAGCUCCCAGGCUCCCAACCCGGCCAAAACUGACGACAAGGUAUAUGGAGAUUAUUAAAGAUAUAGCUUGUUUGGUUUUGAGCAUCUCGUGUUCCUAUCACUGUAUUACCGUACAAAAUAAGUAUAAGAAAGUUUCCUCAUGCU